GUUUUUGGACGUUCGACGACCACGAGCGUUUACUGCAAUCCCGAACAGAAGAGGAACGUACUACAGAACUGACUCCUUUUAUUUAUUUUUUCAGCCCGAAAUGUCACAAAGAAGUUUAUCAACAAUGAAGCAUUUUCUUUAAAAAAUAAAGAAGAAGAAGAAGAAAGAAAACGUGACGGUUUAAAGUAAUUCAUAUUUUGGGUCGACCUUUGACUUCACCAACAUGGAUCCAGAGGGCCCCCAGGCGCUGUGUGACCUCUGCCUGGCUCAGGUGUGCUGCAGUUUAGAGGCUUUGUGCAGCAAGAGGGCAGACGGCUCCAUGAGCCUCAUCUGGGCCCCUCUCUUCCCCCCGGAGCUGGCCGACAGACUGCUGCAGACCAUGGCAUCCAAAGAGAUGCUGAACGACAGCACCGUUGGGAUUUUCCGAGACUCCAAAGAGCUCCGUCUGCGCCGAGCCUCCAUCCGCUGCUGUGUGAUGUCUGCCGAGGCUUUCCGCUUGGCCCUCUGCCCUCACCGGCUCCUGGAACUGGAUGCCUCCUGGGCCUCGGAGGGCCUGACGGGAGCUAGCGUCGUGUCUGGUCUGGUUUCUAGCCCUGAGUGCAGCGUUAGCCUGCAGAGGUUGUCCCUGAAUGGAUUACACCUGGACUGGGGGUCUUUGGAGGAAAGUUGUAUUGGCUUCAGCUCCCUGCUAGGGCUUAGGACACUUCACCUUGCCAACACGGAUCUAACCGAUGACAUCCUGGAGGACAUCUGUUCACUCCCACACCUGGAGAGUCUGGAUAUCUCCUGCACUCCAGUCUCAAAUCUGUCCGCUCUCCUCCAGUGUAAAAACUCCCUGAGAUCUUUGAUUGCUCACAGGCUGCGGCAGCUGAACAUGUCUCCUUCCAGGUUGCUCUUCGUUUUAAGCCAGCUCGAUGCUCUCCGCCACCUGGACUUUUCGGAUGACCGCCUUCCUGCUGAGGACACGGAUGGAAGAGACGGAGAUGAGGUGGCGCGGCAGCUCCUGGAAGGGAGUUCCCAGAUUCUGCCAUCACUCGUUUCAUUGGACCUGUCAGGGCGGAAGAUGAUCGGCGAAGCUGCACUGGCGGCCUUCGUGGAGUCCAGGAGUGGGCUCAUUUUUUUGGGGCUUCUCGCCACCGGCCUCAGCUCCAGCCACGUCCUGACUUCGCUGAGAAACCUGAAAGUAACUGGAGAGGCUAAUGAGAACCAGGUGUGUGAGGCUCUGAGGAGGUACACAGAGCGCGAGUGUUUCGUCCAAAAGGCCCUCGUCCAGCUCUACAGACUAACCACGGAUGCGGACACGGCGCAGCCAGACAUGCUGGAGCUGGUGCUUGGUACCAUGAAGAGCCACCCCUCCUCCCUACAUGUCCACCUAGUAGCCACGGCGUGUGUGUUCAACCUGACCACUCAGGACUUGGCGGAGGCCAUGCCUGUCAGCCUGAUCCGUUCCACCAUCACCCAGCUUCUACACGCCAUGAAAACCUUCCCCAACCACCAGCAGGUGCAGAAGAACUGUCUCCUGGCUCUCUGCAGUGACUACAUCCUUCAAGACAUUCCAUUUGACAGGUAUGUUGCAGCCAUGCUGGUGAUCAACUGGCUGAGCAACCACCAGGAUCCCACCUUACAGAGGAUGGCGGUGGCUGUCAUCUCCAUUCUGGUGGCAAAGGUGGAGACUUUAAAAAAACAGCCGCAUCACCGUCUCAACCACAAAAAGAAAAAAAGUCUGUCCAAAGAGGAGACGGCAAAGCUCAGCCAGGACGUUGUCUUUAUGAAGCAGCUGCUGGCUAUCGUGCAGCAGAAAGCCAUGGUGGGAGUUGUGGACUCCACUCUGAAGUUUGCCCUCAGUGCUCUGUGGAACCUGACUGAUGAGAUGCCGUCAGCAGCACGCAGCUUCAUCCAGUGCCAAGGCUUGGAGCUGUACGAGGAAGUUCUGGAGUCCUAUUACAACGAACCUACAAUUCAGCAGAAAAUACUUGGUCUUUUGAAUAAUAUAGCAGAGGUGAAGGAGCUGCAGGCUGAUCUGAUGGAUGAAGGUCUGCUGGAGCACAUCCUCAUCCUCCUGAAGGACACCCAGGUGGAGGUGGGGGUGCGUUACUUCGCGGGAGGGAUCCUGGCACACCUCACCUCCAAAGCAGAGGCCUGGACUUUAGACCAAGACUUUCGUGAUGCUAUCCUUAAGCAGCUGCACGAGUCGAUAACAACUUGGGCGCAUCUCGAGAGAGAGAUGGUGUCUUACAGGUCUUUCCGUCCAUUUUGCCCUCUACUGCAGACUUGCCAGCCGUCAGGAGUGCAGCUGUGGGCAGUCUGGGCCAUACAUCUGGUCUGCAGCCAAAACACGUCACAUUACAGCAGUAUGCUGGAGAGGGACGGCGUGACUGAACUCCUGAAAGCCCUGGCUGCACACCCCGACACUCACAGCGACAUUCAAAGGCUAGUCGGCAGCAUCUUGCGCACGGUGGAGGGCCAUCAGUCAAGUGGGGCUCAGCCAUUGUGAUGUCAGGGCCUCAAAACUCCUGAAAAAUGUGACAAAAUUAAAUUAUUUUUUGUUUUUGUUCUAUAGAUUUAUAGAAAAAGGUGAAUUAAAGUAUUCUGAAAUCUUAUUUUAUUGGCAGCACGCUGUGAAGGUAAAAAGUGAUGUUUAUAUUGAGUUUGACAUAGUUUGUGUUUCAAGUAAACAAAGUUGGCAAAUCCUGUCAGAGGUCAUUGCUGUUUUUCAAAAAAACAUGCCACUAGGGGGUGCUGUAGGACCAAAGCUGUGGCUUUUUCCUGUCAUAUAAAUAAAGCAAAUUAAAAAAAAAUCACAUGUCAGAAGUAAUGAGACAGCACAUCGGCACAAAGCUGCUGGGUUUCCAUCUGUGCCAUAGAUGGCAUCUUUACCUCUCCUGCGUUUCCCUCACACUUUCCAUCUGGUGCAUGAGAUGCUGAAUACAUUAGAUUUUAUGUAAUACAGCUGAAAGACAGAGCCAGAGUGUCUUUUAUAAUAAGUUGGCCUAUUUUUAAUUCCUUUUGAAAAGUGGAUUAACAAGAUGACUUGAAAAUCCAAGUCGCAACAUCAUCUUCAUCCAUCAACAUUGAAAUACCCCCAUUGUCUUUAUCCUAAAGCCUUUUGCGUAUAUGUAAAGCUAAAAGCAUUAAAAAUGUUCACUUUUGAGUCACCCAGGUAAGUCAUCCCCAUGUUGCACGUUUCUGUGCAAUAUAUUUAGGUUAUAAUGGUCAUGAAUGAAGUUGUUUUGGGAGAUUUGCGUUGAAGAUAAACUUCUCUUGAGGCUCCUGUACACAUGGAAAACAAUAUCAAGGAGGCUAACAUGGAAAUCAAUACUCCUGUCAAUCAAAAAAGACAACAGACCAGACUUAAGAAUCCUAAAGGUUAUUAAAAAUUGUGUAAAUGGAUCAAAUUUUAUAUUUAUUCAACAAAAUGCAAAAAA